GGUCCGCCUGUCACCGCCCGUGACUCUAUCAUCCAACAUAUACACACAGUUGGGACUUUGGAUAAACCUCUGUGUUCUAGGGUUUAUAUCGUGAAAUUAAAAUCCAGGAAAGCAAUCAGCUCCAUUGCAUAGAGAUUGGCUUGGCUUGUCGGAUUGAGGAAAGAUUAUUGCAGCUAGCUAUGGCAAGUGUGUUCAUGCAACCACUACUAAGCUCCUUUACCACAAAAGGAGGUAGUGGAGAGAGAAGAUUAUAUACUGCUUCUACAACUGCACGCUGUAACCGAUUAAAAGCAAUGCAAUUAGAGAGACCACUAGAGGAACUUUACCAUGUACGAGUAGAAAAGAAUGUUUCGUCAAAACGACUAGCUGAACUUGGGGUAUCACGCUGGUCAACGUGGAAGACCGGAAAGUGUAAGUUACCUUGGGACUGGCAUGUAGACCAGCUAGUUUACAUAGAGGAAGGUGAAGUGAGGGUGGUUCCCGAAGGAAGUAAGCGUUACAUGAGUUUCGUGGCUGGUGAUCUGGUUCGUUACCCUAAAUGGUUUGAGGCUGAUCUCUUCUUUAAUGAUUUUUACCAAGAGAGAUACAGGUUUUUGGCAUAUGGUGAAGGCUGAGGAAUAGUAGUUGUACUUUCUAGUUUGCAUGUUUGCUUUUGGAAAUUUUUCUCAAAGACUUGAAUGCUUCUCUGUAAAUUGCAGAAGCUAAUGCUUAUGAAAGAUUCUGGAAAGUAAUUUUUAACUAUUCUCAGUUCUUCAGAA